UUCUCACUGUUUGUGUUGGUUUCCGAGAAAGAUUUUUUUCCCAUUUCCUAGAAAAAUGUCAUUAAUGAGCAUUUAACUCUGCGCCGUGGAAUAGAAACGGAGGUAUUAAAAAAUCUUCGUUGGUCUUCGAUCCAAACAAUUUCUCUCUUCUUUCUUCGAUUGCAGUCGUUUUGGUACCAUGAACGGAACAUAAUAGGGCGGUGGUUGCAUUGGAGGACAAGUUUUGAUUUGGUUGUGGGAAGAUGCACCCUCCUUUAACAUUACACAAACACCCUAUGUGCGCCGAAAUUAUUGAACAGUUCCAAAAGUGUCAUAUAGAACAUCCUAUUGGAAAAUUCUUUGGUGAAUGUACAGAUUUGAAAAUAAAAUUGGAUCGCUGUUUCAGACAAGAAAAAGCUUUGAAGCGAAAGGCCAACUUUGAAGAGAGCAAAAAGUUUAGGGAACAGUUGCGAGUUUUCAGGAAAGAAAAUUCCGCAAGCAGUGGUCAAUAGAAGAAUUUUAUGCAAUGUUGAAAAACAAGAUACAUGUUACUUCGUAGAUAAUGAGAGCGUAUAUAUAUAUAUAUAUAUAUAUAUAUAUAUAUAUAUAUAUUUGGUGUAAUUGGGAUUUAAACUCGAAUCAAGCAAGGAUGAAU